UCCGCUUUCUAUCUCACCAUAGCCCGUUGACACGGAAAUCUUCCUCUCGCCCUCUGCGCUCGAUUCGUCUUCAAGAUCAUCGUCGACCGAUCGCGGGAUCGAUCGCCUCGCGCCGACGGAUCUCGACGCUGUAGGCCCCACCGAGCCAUUGGAUCCGCGUUUCUCGUCGCCAUCGAUCAUACGCAGAAUGUAAUUUGGUGUUUUAUAUAUUGACAAACAUUUGUGUAAAAAUCAGAGAUUCUUUGAGUACACAAUGGAGUCGCAGCAACUUGGUGAGCAGUCAUUUCCACCACCUGUUACAUCCCCCGGCAAUCAAAGUUCUGCUUCUCCUAGACAAGAUGCUUCUGUGGAAACGCAAUCCAUGUUCUCCACUUCUGGUAUAUCCUCAUGGGCCAGAAAUCUUAAAUUUCCACAGUCAUCUGGCCAAGAGGAUCUGCAGUCUGGAAAUGCAGGAAAGUCAACAUUUUCACGUAUCACUAGUGGAUUUGGGUUUCGUUUGUCACCAAAAUCUUCUCAGUCUGAAGAUGAUGUCGCUGAGGGUUCCUCAACAACCACACAACCUGGAGUUCUGGGUUCUUUGACAAAAGGUUUCGUUGAUACAUCCAGAAGUGCAGUAAAGGCUGUCCAAGUAAAGGCUCGGCACAUAGUUUCUCAAAAUAAAAGAAGAUAUCAGGAAGGUGGAUUUGAUUUGGAUAUGACAUACAUUACUGAGAAUAUUAUUGCCAUGGGUUUCCCGGCAGGUGACAUGAGCUCAGGUUUUUUUGGAUAUGUUGAGGGAUUUUAUCGCAACCAUAUGGAAGAAGUGAUCAAGUUCUUUGAAACUCACCAUAAGGGUAAGUAUAAAGUAUACAAUUUAUGUUCAGAGAGGCUUUAUGAUGCAUCUCUAUUUGAGGGAAAGGUGGCUUGCUUCCCUUUUGAUGAUCAUAACUGCCCUCCAAUUCAACUUAUUACUUCAUUCUGUCAAAGUGCAUACUCAUGGUUGAAGGAGGACAUUGAAAAUGUGGUUGUUGUUCAUUGUAAAGCUGGUAUGGCAAGGACAGGGUUGAUGAUUUCUAGCCUUCUUCUGUAUCUAAAGUUCUUUCCUACUGCUGAAGAGUCCAUGGAAUAUUACAACCAGAAAAGAUGUAUAGAUGGAAAAGGACUUGUUCUCCCAAGUCAGAUUAGGUACGUCAAAUAUUUCGAACGUAUCUUGACAUACUUCAAUGGUGAAAACCAGCCGAACCGCAGGUGCAUGCUUAAAGGGUUUCGUCUUCAUAGGUGUCCUUAUUGGAUCCGGCCUUCAAUUACUGUUUCUAAUCAUAAUGGAGUCCUCUUCUCAACAAAGAAGCAUUCAAGAACCAAAGAUCUAAUGCCCGAAGAUUUCUGGUUUAGUGCACCAAAGAAGGGGAUCAUGGUCUUUGCUUUACCAGGCGAGCCUGGUUUGACUGAGGUGGCUGGCGAUUUUAAGAUUCACUUCCAUGAUCGACAAGGAGAUUUUUACUGCUGGUUAAAUACAACAUUUACGGAGAACAGGAAGAUCUUGAAUACUUCUGACCUUGAUGGCUUUGACAAGAGAAAGUUGCCCUCUCCAGGAUUCCAGAUUGAAAUCGUGCUUGUGGAUUAUGAUGCUUCUAAUUCUCCACGACAGAUUGGGUCAAAUGCCAACAAGGAAUCUGCUCCAGACACCACGUCUGCCACUGCAACAAAAGAAAUUCGCACUCCACCUUCAAAAGUUGACAGCGACUCUAGAAGCCAAGACAAGGAUGACGUCUUCUCGGACAGCGAAGCAGAAGAAACUGGUUCCUCCAAGAGGAGGCGUGACAAGGUGGCUGGUGAUACUGAUGGAUCUACGGUUACAGCUAAAGGAGCUGAAAUGAAGUCUUCAAAAGAGGAAGCCACAGCCAUAGCACAAGCCAUUGGACAAGUUACACUGAAAAAUGAAGCAGGAGCUAAGAAUGUGCCUGAUUCAUCUGAUGUGAAAAUUGAAGGGAGCAGCAAGAGUUUGCCGGUGGAGACUCCUGAACUGGGGUCUACCACUAUGAGUGAAUUCAAGGCAAUCGCGGCAGAUGCUUCAGUCUUCUCCUUUGGUGAUGAUGAAGACUACGAGAGUGAAUGAACCCAACCAACCAUUCAGCAUUCAUCAGGAUGUACAGAUAAAUGUGGUCAAGGACAUUGGAUGAACUUAUAGAUCCAGAAUGAUGUACGUUCAAACACAUCUGGGCUUGGCGGAAACCCUGCUAAAAUUUGGUUUGUUCCUUCCCCCGACAGUUAAUUUAGAUAUGUAUUCAUAUUGUAUUCCUACAUGGAUGUUGAAUACUUGUUACUAUUGGACCGAAAACAUUGCCUGCUUCCUGCAUUCGUGGGGUUGAUGAUA